CACAUAGACUCAUCAUCCUCUCCACAUGCAUGCAAAUGCAAGAGCAAGAGUGCGUCCAUAUAAGCCCAUAUGUUGCACUGCCUGGUGACCUCCCAUCUGCAUCUUCUUCUUCCAAUCCAAGCCAAGCCAUGGAUUCCCUCUACUGCUUCGUGCAGCUCCUCUCCCUCCUUUGCUUCUUCGUCUUCUACUACCGCCAUCUCCAGUCCAAGAAAAUAAGCAAGGCGGAGCCGACCGAAUGGCCGAUACUGGGCCAUCUUUUCGGCAUGGUCGCCAACCUCUCCCACUUCCAUGACUGGGCCACCGGCAUCCUCACCGGCACGCGCUACAACUUCGAAGCGCGCGCGGGGAUCACCGGCGUCCGCUUCUUCGUCACCUGCGACCCCGCCAACGUGCGCCACAUCUUCACCUCCAACUUCCUCAACUACCCCAAGGGCCAGGACUUCGCCGACAUCUUCGACGUCUUCGGCGACGGCAUCUUCAACGCCGACGGCGACUCCUGGAGCCGCCAGCGUGCCAAGUCCCAGCUCAUCAUGGCCGGCCCUCGCUUCCGCGCCUUCUCCGCGCGCUACACCCGCGACAAGGUGGAGACCAGCCUCCUGCCUUUCCUCGCGCACGCCGCCGACGCCGGGACCCCCUGCGACCUGCACGAUGUCUUCCUCCGCCUCACCUUCGACAUGACCUGCAACCUCGUCUUCGGCGUCGACCCCGGGUGCCUGCAGGUCGGCCUCCCCGUGGUGCCCUUCGCGCGCGCCAUGGACGACGUGCUGGAGACGCUCUUCCUCCGCCACAUCAUCUCCCCCGCGUGCUGGAAGCUCAUGUACCGCUACGAGGUCGGCACGGAGAGGAAGAUGGCCGCGGGUCGCCGGACCAUCGACCGGUUCGCCGCCGACACCAUCGCCAAACGCAGGGCCGACCACAAGCUCCGCGACGAGGGCGUCACCGACUCGUCCGACAUGCUCUCGUCCUUCAUCUGCAACGGUGACGCCAGCGAGUACAGCGACGAGUUCUUGCGUGACACCACGGUGAACCUCCUGCUCGCCGGCCGGGACACCACCGGCGCGGCGCUGUCCUGGUUCUUCUACCUGCUCUCCAAGAACCCGCGCGUCGAGCAGAAGAUCCUGGACGAGCUGGCGCCCAUCGCUUCCCGGAAGAAGCAGCUGGCCGGCGACAUGGUGGUGUUGGACGUGAGCGAGCUGAGCGGCAUGGUGUACCUGCACGCGGCGCUGUGCGAGUGCCUGAGGCUGUACCCGUCCGUGCCCUUCGAGCACAAGGCGGCGGUGGCCGACGACGUGCUCCCGAGCGGGCACGAGAUGAAGGCCGGCGACAAGAUACUCAUCUUCUCCUACUGCAUGGCGAGGAUGGAGGGCGUGUGGGGCAAGGACUGCAUGGAGUUCAGGCCGGAGAGGUGGGUGUACGCCGACGGGAAGCUGAGGUACGAGCCGUCCUACAAGUUCAUCUCCUUCAACGCCGGCCCGAGGACCUGCCUCGGCAAGGAGAUGGCGUUCGUGCAGAUGAAGACCGCCGCCGCCGCCGUGCUCUGGAACUUCGCCGUCGAGGCCGUGCCAGGACACGUCGUUGAGCCCAAGCUGUCCAUCAUUCUCCACAUGAAGAACGGGCUCGCCGUCACCGUCAAGAGGAGGAACGUCGCGGCCGUGCAUGGCUAGCUAGUACGUGCCUGCUGUGCCUGCACUUCUCGGCCGCAAGGUAUACGGGGCGUACGUACGUAGCUACACGUAGCGGACACGUACAUACAUGUACGUACGUACUAUUAUAUGUAUGCAAGAGUGGCAUGUGUGCUUAGUAAUAUACUGCUACCAGAAUAAGAAAAUAAGAAGAAUAGACGUGUGUAGUAUAGUGUGCGUUGUGACAUACUCCUAUAUGUGUGUAAGCUGUGUGUGCGUGCCCUAAUUAAUUAGAAAGAAAAUGGACGCGUAUGGGCACCAGCGUGGAUGCAUGAUCGAUCUAUACAGGUUGGCUUGACGCUUUUGCACGCUA